GUCGUGUCAAAGUGAAGCUACGGAAAGCCGCUCAGUCCGAGAAAGCUCGGAUUGAUCAUUAAAGCCAGCAAACUACGCACAACUGCACAACUGUUCGCGGAUACAGGUGAAGAUAGAAAUUAUUUAAACCAGAAUGAGGAGCAGCAGGUGUAGUGUGCAGUGGGGGGGUAUGCUCCUCUUUUUGUCCUGCUGUUUUCUGUGCGCUCACGCUCAGAUGAACCCAGACCACCACCACCACCACCAGCAGCAGCAGCAGCAGCAGCAGAUCGUAGAAAGUGCAGCCAGCCAACAUCGCCUGGAUAGAAACAUGGUUCAAGACAAAGACCACAUCAUGGAGCAUUUAGAGGGCGUCAUAGACAAACCAGAGAAAGACAUGACGCCCCAGGAGCUCCAGCUGCACUAUUUCAAAAUGCACGAUUACGAUGGGAACAACCUGCUGGAUGGGCUGGAGCUUGCAACAGCAAUCUCACAUGUACACAGAGAGGAGAGAGGAGAGAGCAGCCAGCCAAUGAAAGAGGAGGAACUCAUUGCUCUCAUCGAUGACGUUCUGAGGGACGAUGACAAAAACAAUGACGGCUACAUAGAUUACGCAGAGUUCGCCAAAUCGCUGGAGUAGAGCGUCUUUCUGUUGCUUCCCGUCCAUGACGACAGCAAGGAAUCAGCAGAGAGGCUGGAGGGUGAGCGUACCUGCAGCCAAAACUGAGAACUUUUUAGAGGACCGUCUUUGAUUUCUUUCUUACAGAUUAUCGGUCAGGAGUAUCGAUCGUUCAUGAAACUUCUGACGGAUGAUUUUUCCAAGCUGAAUCAGCAGUAAUCUGAUAAAUGACAAAAAGGGUGGAACACAGGAUGCCCUUUGUUUCAGUUUCAGUCUGGUGGAGUCUUCCACUUCAUUAGGACUUUUUGUGUGUGUGUGUGUGUGUGUAGAUGCCAUUUCAAAGGGCCAGUUCACCUAAAUUGCUUUUUUUCUAGUUAAUCCUUAGCAGUAUACUUUCAUAUCUGAAUCCCCCGUUUUUUGGAGCUGCAUAUGUGCAGCUGGGGAGUUUUAAGGCGGCCUCAUUCACACACAGGCCCUGAACGACUGAAGGAGCAGUACUCUGAGUGUGUGGAUUAAAAAAACAAAGGAACAGGAAGUGAUUAAGGUGCAACAAGCAGGUGGUUAACUGAGGCCUGGUUAACCGCCUGUAACUUCCGGUUUCCACAGUGAAGCUUGGACUUCACUAUAUUCUAAAUACUGUAUUCUAAGCAAAGCUGCCUUCGAUUUUGGGUGAACUGAUCCUUGACAUGUACAAAAGCUUGGGUAGAGUGUUUUCUUUUAGUGGUGCUACACUUUGAUUCUCUCUGGCAGCACAACAGUCUGUAAAUAGAGUGUUCUCGCAUUAAAGGGGACUGUUCUACUCAUUUCCAGUUCUAUAUUUUUAUUCUGGGACUUUCGAGAGUAGCUUUGUGUUAUUCAGAGUUCAGAAUAUGCCUUAUUGAUCUUUGAUUGGCCACUGCACAACCACAUUAAGGAUAUCUGUUCUCAUCGACAUCAUACUGAAAAUAAAAAA